AUGUGGCCCCGCUUAUUGUUUACUGCUAGACGUAGUGCAGUUCAAAUAAAUAUCGAAAAUGCGUUAAAAAUCUCUUCCCGUGCUUCAUCAAGCCAAGCGAGGCAAGCGGAAAUUUCCGAGGCUAAAUUGACAAACUCAGUAUUAUCGUCAGAAAAAUUUACUGACAUUCGCAUAUAUAAUGAACCAAUUCCGCAAUACCUAUCCGGUUCCGAUGACAUUAAAAAAUUGGAGAACGCUCUUGAGCGAUACCAAAAUAACUGCGAAGACAUACCCAUUGUUAUAAAUGGUAAGGAAAUAAGGAAGGGCAAGGAGGUAUAUCAGGUUAUUCCACACAGGAAAAGUCAUAAACUUGCCAAGUAUUACUAUGCUGAUGAUGCCACCAUAAAGGAGGCAAUUCAAGCUUCAGUCAAAAAGCAAAAGGAAUGGGAUAGGACUCCUCUCACCAAGCGUAUCGAAAUAUGGGAGCGGGCAGCUGAUCUUAUGUCCAAAAAAUACCGUGCAGAUCUUCUAGCAACUACCAUGUUGGGCCAAUCAAAAACUGUUAUACAAGCCGAAAUUGAUUCUGGUGCUGAAUUAAUCGAUUUCACGCGCAUGAAUGCUGGUUACUUGAAGCAGCUGGCCAAUGAUCAACCGCUUAGCCCCACUCCAGAUGUCACCAAAAACCAUUUACGUGUCCGUGGGUUAGAGGGUUUUGUAGCAGCUAUAACUCCCUUUAAUUUCACUGCAAUCGGUGGCAAUUUGGCCUACACCCCAGCACUAAUGGGUUGCAGCGUGUUGUGGAAACCGUCCGAUACGGCGAUGCUCUCCAGCUGGACGGUGUUCAAGAUAAUGCGUGAAGCCGGUGUACCCGAUGGUGUAGUAAACUUCGUGCCAGCCAUUGGUAAAAACUUCGGUGAUGCUAUAACAAGUUCUCCCGAUUUGGCUGGCAUCAAUUUCACAGGAUCCACGGCGACUUUCAAAACUCUGUGGAAGUUGGUAGCCAACAAAAUUGAUGAUUACAAAAAUUACCCGCGCUUGGUUGGUGAGUGCGGUGGCAAGAAUUUCCAUUUUAUUCAUCCAUCAGCGCAUGUGGAGACAGCCGUUGCACAAACUAUUCGUUCGGCUUUCGAAUAUGGUGGACAGAAGUGUUCGGCUUGCUCUCGCCUAUAUGUCCCUGAAUCACUAUGGGAAUCGCAGUUCAAAGGGCCGUUGAUUGAAAAAGUAAAGAAGUUGAAAGUGGGUGACGCCUGCGAAGUUGAUACAUUUUAUUCGGCUGUUAUUGAUGACAACUCGUUCCAACGAAUUUCGGGAUUUAUUAACGAGGUUAAGGAAGAUCCCGAAUGCACUGUAUUGGCUGGUGGUAAUUUGUCGAAUGUAGAAGGGUUCUUUGUGGAACCAACCAUUGUUGAAGUGAAAGAUCCGCACAAGCGUGUUAUACGCGAUGAAAUCUUUGGGCCAGUGUUGUCGGUAUAUGUUUAUAAGGAUGGCGAUUUGAAGAAGACUAUUGAUUUGGUUAGGAACACCACCAAAUAUGCAUUAACUGGUAGCGUGUUUGCCACGGAUGAAUCAUUUUUGAAACAAGCGUUAGACGAGUUCAAGGACGCCGCCGGCAACUUCUAUAUCAAUGAUAAAUCGACUGGUGCAGUUGUUGGCCAACAGCCAUUCGGCGGUGCACGCCAAUCGGGAACAAACGAUAAAGCCGGAUGCCCAUUUUAUCUGUUGCGUUGGGCUUCAUUGCAGGCCGUAAAAGAGACAUUUGUCCCAAUACCAGAUAUUUAUUAUCCUUAUAUGAACAAAACAAAAAAUUAAAUAACUAAUUAUGAUAUUCCUCUGUAACUAAAACUAAACGAAUCUCGAAUGGCAGUUAAAAAUUAGAAGCUUUUAAUUAUGUGGCUACUAACUAAUUUAUUCCGCGGAUACAGAAAUACAAGUCUACUGAAUUAAUUACGAAAUUAUGAAUCUCGAUUUUCACAGUGUAUUGUAUUUACAUAUAUGUGAUGAAAUCUCCUAAAUGAAAAAUGAACUUGAAUAUUUACAGAUUACAUAGAAUAUCUGUUUGGAAAGCUAAACUCUCCUGAGCAUACAUAUACUAUUAGCAUUGGAAGUCAAGCCCUCCAUUUGUUAUCAGUAGUAUUAACUCUGGUUCGUUGGUGGCACAGCUUACACAUACCUAUGCAUGUAUGUAUGUACAUACAUAUAAUAAAAUGAACACAGAUCUGCGAUAA